GAGAGGAAGGGAGGUGCGGCAGAAAGGCCGAGGAAGCCACCGGGGCCGGGAGAGCGGGUCACUUGGCUGCCCACUCGCAGUCCCGGGAGAGAGGAACAAGCUCCGGCUUCGCGACCAGUGCCAUAGGCGGCCUGGGCCGAGUCCCCGGCUGGCUGGGGGAGGCCGGGGGAGAUCGGGUCUGCCAGUCUUUGCCCGCCUGGCCCCGCCCCGCCCCGCCCCGUCCUACCCCGCCCCGCUCCACUCCGGGCCCCGAGGGCUCGGUCGACCGGGCUUCCCACGCUAGCUGGCUAGAUCACUUGGCUGCUUGCUCGCCGGCGCUGGGCCAUGUGAAGCUGAAAACCCGAGCCCGAGCGGGAGUCGUGGACCCAGAGCCGCGGAGAAGCCGAAGGCUAGGUGGCUAGCCCCCAGCGGCCGCUCGCGGCUCUCCCGCUCCCUCCCUCGCUGCCGCCCUCCCUCGCAGCGCCGGCCGCUGCCCUCCCUGGCUGGAUAGCUCCGGCACCUUCUCUUCUCCUCCCUCCCUUCCCGGGCCGGGACCAGGAUCGGGCGCCCGCUUCGGGACCCCGGCCGCUGCUCUCUCGCCUUCCCGGGGGAGGCACCCAGGAGCCAUCUUGGAAGCAACUUGGAGGCAAGUUUUGGUUCGCGCGGCGGGAGCAGCGGGGCGGAGAAGAGGCUGCCGCCCGCGCCUGGGCCCCGGCGGGCUGGGAGACGAGCCCGGGGUCCCCGCCUCCCCGCGCCGCCGGGGCCGGCCGCAUGAGGAGCCUGGCUGGCGGCCGCGGCGGGUGCAUGGAUUGGGGCUCGCGGCCAUGGCGCCGCGGCCUCAGCCGCCGGGGCCCCAGAUGCCGCUGCCUUCCCUCCUGCUGCUCCGGGGCAGCGCCCUGCUGCUCCUGCUCCUGCUGCCCGAGGCCUCCGGGGGGCCGCCCGCGCACCCCCCGGCAGCCGCGCCCCGUGGCCCCUGGCUGAGGGACCUGGCUCUGGGGCCCGCCUGGAGAUACGCGCUGGACUGGGAGCGCACGGCGCCGGGGCUGCGGCCGCUGCUGAAGCUGAGCCCCGACGGGGGGCUGCGGCUGGGCGGGUCCGGGCGAAGAGUGUGGCCGCGGGGCUGUGAGCUGCCCCUGCACGUGGACAUCGCCUCCCGGCGCUCCCCGACGCGGCUGACCGUGGCCCUGGCGGUGGCCGGACCCGGCCGGGGCUGCGGCUCCCCCGGCUCAGCCGCGGGGGCACCGGCGCGCAUCCCCGACCUGGCGGCCCGCACGGUCCUGGGAGGCGGCCCGGGCCCCGCCUCCCCCUCUUCUCCCGCUGAGUGCUUCCCGGCCCCGGAGGGGGGAGGGCGCGGCCCGGCCGAGGAGCUGCGGGCAGCCCUGGAGGCCCUGACCAGCUUCCCCGACUGCAGGUGCGUGGCGAGCUUCAGCCCGGGCGAGGGAGGGAAGGAUGGCAGCGGCCGGGGCUGCGGGAGCCCGCCCGCCUUCCCGCUCCGGCCCAUCUGCCUGGAGCCGGGGGCCGCAGCCCGCCUGCUCCUGCUGUGCGCUCCCAGGCCGGGCCCGGGCCCGGGCCCGUGGCGGCGCCUGCUCCGGGGAAGGGGCCCCGAGCUCCUGCUGGAGCUGACUCUGGAGGCGGCAGGGCCACUUCCCGCGGGGGCCAGGAGGGCCAGGAGAGGGGCGGCCGGGGGCACGAGCCCUCAGUUCCAGCUCCCCAGCUACCAGGUGUCCGUGCCCGAGAACGAGCCGGCCGGCACUCCGGUGAUCGAACUCCGCGCCCAAGACCCCGACGAGGGCGAAGCCGGCCGUCUCACCUACCAGAUGGAGGCGCUGUUUGACGAGCGCUCCAAUGGUUACUUCCACAUCGAGCCCGACACCGGCGCGGUGACCACCAGCCGGCCCCUGGACCGCGAGACCAAAGACACCCACGUCUUGAAAGUGACGGCCGUGGACCACGGGUCCCCGCAGCGCUCGGGGGCCACCUACCUCACGGUCACCGUGAGCGACACCAACGACCACAGCCCCGUCUUCGAGCAGGUGGAGUACCGGGAGACGGUGCGGGAGAACCUGGAGGUGGGCUACGAGGUGCUGACCAUCCGAGCCACCGACGGGGACGCCCCGUCCAACGCCAACAUGCGCUACAGACUCCUGGAAGGGGCCGACGGCGCCUUCGAGAUCGAUCCCCGCUCGGGCGUGGUCCGCACCCGCUCCGUGGUGGACCGGGAGGAAGUGGCCGAGUACCAGCUCCUGGUGGAGGCCAACGACCAGGGCCGCAACCCGGGGCCGCGCAGCGCCACGGCCACCGUGCGCAUCCUGGUGGAGGACGAGAACGACAACUACCCGCAGUUCAGCGAGAAGCGAUACGUGGUCCGGGUGCCCGAAGACGUGGCCGUGAACACCCCCAUCCUCUGGGUCCAGGCCACUGACCGGGACCAGGGCCAGAACGCGGCCUUGCACUACAGCAUCGUCAGCGGCAACCUGAAGGGCCAGUUCUACCUGCACUCCCUGAGCGGGGGGCUGGACGUCAUCAACCCACUGGACUUCGAGGCCAUCCGGGAGUACACGCUGCGCAUCAAGGCCCAGGACGGGGGCCGGCCGCCCCUCAUCAACUCCUCGGGCCUGGUGAACGUCCAGGUGCUGGACGUCAACGACAACGCCCCCAUCUUCGUGAGCAGUCCCUUCCAGGCCGCCGUGCUGGAGAACGUGCCCCUGGGCCACUCCGUCUUACACAUCCAGGCCGUGGACGCCGACUCCGGGGAGAACGCCCGCCUGCACUACCGCCUGGUGGACGUCACCACGGGGGCGGGCGCCGACGCCGACGCUUCCGCCCGCACCGACUUCCCCUUUCAAAUCCACAACAGCUCCGGCUGGAUCACGGUGUGUGCGGAGCUGGACCGGGAGGAGGUGGAGCACUACCGCUUCGGGGUGGAGGCCAUGGACCACGGCUCCCCCGUCAUGAGCUCCUCGGCCAGCGUGGCCAUCACGGUCCUGGACGUGAACGACAACGACCCCGUCUUCACCCAGCCGGUCUACGAGCUCCGCCUGAACGAGGACGCGACCGUGGGCAGCAGCGUGCUGACCCUGCAGGCCCGCGACCGGGACGCCAACAGCGUCAUCACCUACCAGCUGACCAGCGGCAACACCCGGAACCGCUUCGCCCUGAGCAGCCAGAGCGGCGGGGGGCUCAUCACCCUGGCCCUGCCGCUGGAUUACAAACAGGAGAGGCAGUACGUGCUGGGGGUGACCGCCUCGGACGGCACCCGCUCCCACACCGCCCAGGUUUUCAUCAACGUCACCGACGCCAACACGCAUCGGCCCGUGUUCCAGAGCUCCCACUACACGGUGAGCGUCCGGGAGGACCAGCCGGUGGGCACCUCCAUCGCCACCAUCAGCGCCACGGACGAGGACACGGGCGAGAACGCCCGCAUCACCUACGUGCUGGAGGACCCGGUGCCCCAGUUCCGCAUUCACCCGGACACCGGCACCAUCGUCACCCUGAUGGAGCUGGACUACGAAGACCAGGCGGCUUACACGCUGGCCAUCACGGCCAGGGACAACGGCAUCCCCCAGAAAUCGGACACCACUUCCCUGGAGAUCCUCAUCCUGGACGCCAACGACAACGCGCCUCACUUCCUGCGAGAUUUCUACCAGGGCUCCGUCUUCGAGGACGCGCCCCCCUCCACCAGCGUCCUGCAGGUGUCCGCCACGGACCGAGACUCGGGCCCCAACGGCCGCCUCCUGUACACCUUCCAGGGCGGCGAGGACGGCGACGGCGACUUCUACAUCGAGCCCACCUCCGGGGUGAUCCGCACCCAGCGCCGGCUCGACCGGGAGAACGUGGCCGUGUACAACCUGCGGGCCCUGGCCGUGGACAGGGGCAGUCCGGCCCCGCUCAGCGCCUCCGUGGAGAUCCAGGUGACCGUCCUGGACAUUAACGACAACCCGCCGGUGUUCGACCAGGAUGAGCUGGAACUGUUCGUGGAGGAGAAUAGCCCGGUGGGCUCGGUGGUGGCGCGGAUCCGGGCCGCCGACCCCGAUGAGGGCCCCAACGCCCAGAUCAUGUACCAGAUCGUGGAGGGCAACGUGCCUGAGGUUUUCCAGCUGGACCUGCUGAGCGGGGACCUGCGGGCCCUGGUGGAGCUGGACUUCGAGCGCCGGCGGGAGUACAUGCUGGUGGUCCAGGCGACCUCGGCCCCGCUGGUCAGUCGCGCUACCGUGUACGUCCGUCUCGUGGACCAGAACGACAAUCCUCCGGUGCUCCCGGACUUCCAGGUGCUCUUCAACAACUAUGUGACCAACAAGUCCAACAGCUUUCCCACGGGAGUCAUCGGCCGCAUUCCGGCCCACGAUCCGGACCUCUCGGACAGCCUCAACUACACCUUCUUGCAGGGCAACGAGCUCAACCUGCUCCUGCUCAACUCUGACACCGGGGAGCUGCAGCUCAGCCGAGACUUGGACAACAACCGACCUCUGGAGGCCCUCAUGGAGGUGUCUGUAUCAGAUGGUAUCCACAGCGUGACGGCCCUCUGCACCCUGCGGGUGACCAUCAUCACGGACGACAUGCUGACCAACAGCAUCACGGUCCGCCUGGAGAACAUGUCGCAGGAGAAGUUCCUGUCCCCGCUGCUGUCCCUCUUCGUGGAGGGCGUGGCCGCCGUGCUGUCCACCACCACCGACGGCAUUUUCGUCUUCAACGUCCAGAACGACACGGACGUCAGCUCCAACAUCCUGAACGUGACCUUCUCGGCGCUUCUGCCCGGGGGUGUCCGCAACCGCUUCUUCCCGUCCGAGGACCUCCAGGAGCAGAUCUACCUGAACAGGACCCUCCUGAGGAUGAUCUCCACCCAGCGCGUGCUGCCCUUCGACGACAACAUCUGCCUGCGGGAGCCGUGCGAGAACUACAUGAAGUGCGUGUCCGUGCUCAAAUUCGACAGCUCCGCGCCCUUCAUCAGCUCCACCACGGUGCUGUUCCGGCCCAUCCACCCCAUCAGCGGGCUGAGGUGCCGCUGCCCGCCGGGCUUCACCGGGGACUACUGCGAGACCGAGAUCGACCUGUGCUACUCCAACCCCUGCGGCGGCAACGGGCUGUGCCGGAGCCGGGAGGGCGGCUACACCUGCGACUGCCACCCCGACUACACAGGAGAAUUCUGCGAAGUGAACGCCCGUUCCGGCCGCUGCGCGCCCGGCGUCUGCAAGAACGGCGGCAGGUGCGUCAACCUGCUGGUGGGCGGCUUCAAGUGCGAGUGUCCCCCCGGAGAGUACGAGAAGCCCUACUGCGGGGUGAGCACGCGCAGCUUCCCGGCCCAGUCCUUCGUCACCUUCAAGGGGCUCCGCCAGCGCUUCCACUUCACGCUCUCGCUCACGUUUGCCACCAGAGAGAGGAACGCCCUUCUCUUGUACAACGGCCGCUUCAAUGAGAAGCAUGACUUCCUGGCCCUGGAGAUCAUCGAGGAGCAGAUCCAGCUGACCUUCUCAGCAGGAGAGACGAGGACGACCGUGGCCCCCCUGGUCCGGGGGGGAGUGAGUGACGGCCAGUGGCACUCGGUGCGUGUGCAGUACUACAACAAGCCCCACAUCGGCCGGCUGGGAAUCCCGCACGGACCCUCGGGGGAGAAGGUGGCCGUGGUGGCCGUGGACGAGUGUGACACGGCCGUGGCCGUGCGCUUCAGCGGCCUCCUGGCCAACUACAGCUGCGCCGCCCAGGGCACCCAGACCGGGUCCAAGAAGUCCUUGGACCUGACGGGCCCCCUCCUCCUCGGGGGCGUCCCCAACCUGCCCGAGGACUUCCCGGUGCACAACAGGCAGUUCAUCGGCUGUAUGAGGAACCUCUCCAUCGACAACCAGGCCAUCGACAUGGAGAGCUUCAUUGCCAACAAUGGCACCAGAGCAGGCUGCGCCGCGCAGGAGAACCACUGUCAGAGGAUCUGGUGUCAGAACGGGGGCACGUGUGUGAACAAGUGGAACACGUACAUCUGCGACUGCCCGCUGCGGUACGGGGGCAAGAACUGUGAGCAGGCCAUGCCCCACCCCCAGCGCUUCAGUGGCGAGAGCCUCGUGUUCUGGGGGGACCUGGACAUCACCAUCUCGGUGCCCUGGUACUUGGGCCUCAUGUUCCGGACCCGCAAAGGGAGCGGGACGCUCCUGGAGGCCAGCGCGGGGCCGUCAUCGAAAAUCAGCCUCCAGAUCCUGAACAGCCACGUCGACUUCGCCGUGUUCCACGGCCCCUCGGAGGUGGCCUCCAUGAGGCUGGGCAGGUCCCGGGUGAGCGACGGCAGAUGGCACCACCUGCUCAUCGAGCUGAGGAGCGCCAAGGAUGGCAAGGACAUCAAGUACCUGGCCGUGAUGACCCUGGACUACGGGCUGGAUCAGAACACGGUGCAAAUAGGCAACCAGCUCCCCGGCUUAAAGAUGAGGAGCCUGCUGGUGGGCGGCCUCUCGGAAGACCAGGUCACGGUUCGGCAAGGCUUCUCCGGCUGCAUGCAGGGGGUGAGGAUGGGGGAGACAUCGACCAAUAUCGUGACCCUGAACAUGAAGGAGGCCCUUAAGGUCAGGGUGAAGGACGGGUGUGCCCUGGACAAUCCGUGCGCCUCCAGCCCGUGCCCCGAGCACAGCCACUGCACCGACGACUGGGACAGCUACUCGUGCACCUGUGACCCAGGGUACUUUGGGAGAGACUGCGUGGACGUGUGCAACCUGAACCCCUGCGAGCACGUUUCUACUUGUGUCCGAAAACCCAGCUCCGCCCAGGGCUACGCGUGCGAAUGUGGGCAGAGCUACUACGGACAGUACUGUGAAAACAAAAUCCACCUCCCGUGUCCCAAGGGCUGGUGGGGAAACCCCGUGUGUGGCCCCUGUCACUGUGAGGUCAGUAAAGGCUUUGACCCCGACUGCAACAAGACCAACGGAGAGUGCCAGUGCAAGGAGAACUACUACAAGCCCCAGCACCAGGAGGCGUGCUACCCGUGCGACUGCUUCCCCUACGGCUCCCACACGCGCACCUGUGACAUGGAGACGGGCCAAUGCGCCUGCAAAUCGGGGGUGAUCGGGCGCCAGUGUAACCGCUGCGACAACCCCUUUGCCGAAGUGACCACCCAGGGCUGUGAAGUGAUCUACAGCGGCUGUCCCCGGGCGUUUGAGGCUGGCAUCUGGUGGCCGCAGACCAAGUUUGGGCAGCCGGCGGCCGUGCCCUGCCCUAAGGGAUCCGUGGGGAACGCCAUCCGCCACUGCAGCAGUGAGAAGGGCUGGCUCCCCCCGGAGCUCUUCAACUGCACCACGUCCUCCUUCCUGGGCCUGAGGACCAUGAACGAGAAGCUCCGUCGCAACGAGACCAGGAUGGACGGGGACAAGUCGAUCCGGCUGAUGCAUGUGCUGGAGAACGUGACCAGGUCCGCCGGUGUCCUGUACGGGAACGACGUGCGCACCGCGUACCACACGAUGCUCCACGUGCUGCAGUACGAGAGCCGGCAGCAGGGCUUCGACCUGGCGGCCACCAGAGACGCGGAGUUCCAUGAGAACCUCCUCCGAGCCGGCAGCGCCCUUCUGGACCCCCGCCACAAGGACUCCUGGGAGCAGAUCCAGCGGGCCGAGGCGGGCACGGCGCGCCUGCUCCAGCACUUUGAGGACUACUUCUCCAACCUGGGGAGGAACAUGCGGAGAACCUACAUGAAGCCCUUUGUCAUCAUCACGGCCAACAUGAUCCUGGCCGCCGACAUCUUCGCCAAGUCCAACUUCUCGGGCGCCAGGGUGCCGCGCUUCGAUGAGAUUUACGAGGAUUACCCCAAGGACCUGGAGUCGUCUGUCCUCUUCCCUGCCCACUUGUUCGAGCCCUCAGACAGGAGAGAUGCGGCCACGGCAAGACCCUCUAAGCACAGGGUGACCCCCAGAGCGGAGCCGGGUGACCUGGCCCCCGGGGACUCCCUGGCGAAGAGGAGGAAGCGGCAGCCGGACGAGUGGAGCCAGCACGCGGUGGCCCUGGUCCUCAUCUCCCGCUCGCUGGGCCAGCUGCUGCCCGAGCAGUACGACCCCGACCGGAGGAGCCUGCGGCUGCCCCAUCGGCCGGUCAUCAACACGCCCAUCGUCAGCACCCUGCUCCACAGUGAGGGGGGCCAGGCCCCCAGCCCCCUGGCGCGUCCCCUGCUGGUGCAACACACCCUGCUGGAGACAGAGGAGAGAAGCAAGCCAGUCUGCGUGUUCUGGAACCAUUCCCUUGGGAGCCGCAGCGCCGGGGGCUGGUCGGCCAAAGGGUGCGAGCUGGUCUCCCGAAACAGCAGCCACAUCACCUGCUCGCCCAGCCAGCCUGGCGGUGGCCCCUUUCAGGCUGUGACCGGGUGUACGGGCGGUUUCCCCCGGGGGUCCCCAGGGCUCCCCCCCCGGUCCACUACCCCUCACCGGGUGCGCCCCCCCUCCCCCCCACCGGGCUGCCUGCCCCCCCGGCUGCCCCCCCGUUGGCCCCCACCGGGCUGCGCUGCCCCCCACCGGCUGGGCCCCCCCCACCGGGCUGCCGCUGCCCCCCCCCACCGGGCUGCCGCUGCCCCCCCCACCGGGCUGCCGCUGCCCCCCCUCACCGGGCUGCCACUAUCCCCCCCCCUCACCAGGCUGCCACCAUCCCCUACCUCACCGGGUUGCCACUGUCCCCCCCCCACCGGGCUGCCGCUGCCCCCCCUCACCGGGCUGCCGCUGUCCCCCCAGUUCACAUGCACGGUGAUCGCCAUCCUCCUCCACUACUUCUACCUGAGCACAUUUGCCUGGCUUUUUGUGGAAGGGCUGCACGUCUACCGCAUGCUGACCGAGGUCAGGAACAUCGACUCCGGACACAUGAGGUUCUACUACGUCCUGGGCUGGGGCAUCCCGGCCGUCGUCACAGGUCAGCGCCACGGAGCCCUCCCUCCCACUUGGGGGCUAGCAGCAGGUCUGCUUCCGGCCUCCCGGCGUGUCCUUCCAACAAGAGGUCGCCCAGAACCCGACGCCCACCUCUUCCGCAGGAGGAAUGGCAAAAGCCCCCGGGGCAAUGACUCGGACUCGGACAGUGAGCUCUCUCUGGAGGAACACAGCAGCUCCUAUGCCUCCUCAUCAGACAGUGAGGAAGACGGGGUAGAUGAGGAGAACAAGUGGGCGCCAGGCUCUUGUAAAACCAAUGACCGGGGCCCCAUCCACAGCACCCCCAAAGCAGACUCUCUGUCCAAUCACAUCAAGGCCACGUGGCCCCCCGACAGCGUGACGGGCGGUGAGGGCGAGGACGCUAGAUGUAAGCCAAAGCUGAAGGUGGAGACCAAAGUGAAUGUGGAGCUUCACCAGGAAGACGACGGGGAUGACAGCAAGGACCUGCCCUCCGACAAGGAGAACCCGGGGCUUCCCAGAGACAAUCAGACAGCUCCCCAGCCCAACCACCAGCACACAGAACAACGCAAAGGCAUCCUGAAAAACAAAGUGACCUACCCCCCACCGCUGAGCGAGAGGAACCUAAAGAACCGGCUCCGGGAGAAGCUGGCAGAUUAUAACCAGACUAUGAGCUCAUCCAGAACCUCUUCUCUCGGUUCCAAUGAUGGCAUUUGCCCCACGGGGGACCCAGGAGUGGCCGUCAAAAACUCUCCGAGGGAGCGAUCUUGUGACCAGCUGAACGGGGUGAUCAUGAGCGUGCGCACUGGGACCGUCCACGCAGACGCGUCAGAUUCAGAAGGCAGUAACGAGACUUCCAUUUGAAUCAUCAGGAAAGCGUGACACUCUCGGGCCCCGGGCCCCGCUCUUCCACAGCCCCAUGUGGGAGCCCUGACCUCAAUGGCUGGUCCCGGGCCAUGGGGAAGGUGGCCUCAUCUCCCCUGGGCAGUUUACAUUUCAUGGCAGACCUGGGAUAGCUUUGAACAUGAAGUGCCUGUUGGAACAUCCAGCCUGUGCCAAAGCUUUUGGGAAGCUCAGAGCCGGGGGCUCCCCGGGCCACACUGCCACGGCGUGGCUCUGGAUGCAGGAGGCAGCGGGGGAUGGAGCCUGAGCUCCCGGCCUGGGCUUGGGACCCCCAGACAGUGUCUUCCGGAAUCCCCUGCCCCACCAGCAGCUUCACCCACCUCUUCAGGACCAUUUGUCUUUCCAACCAACUUUUUUAUGUAAAGAAGUGUAGAUACUUUUAUAUAUUUUGUAUGGUGAUUCUCUUGGGAAGAAAAAAAGCCUUGUGUAUAUUUUGCAUCUGUAUUGAUUUUGUGGAUACCUGGAGAUUACUACAGGGAAAAAACUCACUAUUUUUAUAUUAGGGAAAACACACAAUGCUACAUGUAAGUACUUGAAUGAGGCGCUGGCACAGUGGCUCGGCGGAUGGCUUCUCAGCAGCCAAGCAGGAGGCCGGACAUCCCUUCUGCCCCCCGACCCUCUCGCUUCUAGAAUCCUCGACGGUCCCCAGAGAAGCAUCAGCUCGGAGCCAUCGGCCCGUGAAGGACUCCCGUGUGCCGGACAGCCACGGACUUGGGUGGUCAGCCGGGCGCAGGCCGGGGUCAGGACAGGACAGAGGUUUCCUUUCUGUUGGGGGUUUCUGGUUCUUCAAGGUUGUACAUACGUUCACAAUGGAAGCAGGAAGGGCCAGACCUCCUGGCCACAUUUUCCAGCUCCCCAGGAGCAUUCGACGUGGGGAAUUUAGAAAUGGCUCCCUUUCCCCAAGCACUUGGCCAGUUACUCGGAUUACUUACAUCUGUGAGACUGGCGAGACCUCGGUCAUCCACGUUUAUACGGCUUUCCCCCGAGUGCCACAAGUCCGGUGGAUCUCUCCUGUGGUCCUGAAUGACCUCGCCGCCGGUGUCCGGGGCUAGCUGGCUACGGCUUCUGGCGGAAAACCAUCAGAUCCGGUGGAAGCUCUGUGGGGCCUGCGGCAGAUAGGGCCGGGCGCCUGUUCUUAGGGCCUAGGGGUACGACCGGCGGACCCUCAUUUCACCUGCAUAGCGGGACAGGGCUUUGAAAUCUUGUAGACUGAUGGAAUCAUACUCUGCACCCCAAAGUUUCCCUCAUGAGGAGGGAGUCUUGUAACUGUUGCACGGUCAACUGCGCCACGGAAGUUGACUCGGGUCAUGCCCAUGUCCCUGAACGCCCACUCCCACCUUGACAAGAGCCUGGGGACUUCGGCAGUCCCCCUCCCCCUCUUCAGGGUCAAGGUCAAGGUCGAAUACAUUGUCGGUUCUAUCAGGAGAAUGUUGGUUUUAUAAAUGGCAGAAAAAUGAAAACCUAUUUUUUAUGACAAAAUUUUACGAGCGGACACGACACUGGAGAUUUUUUUUUUUUAAACAAAUGAAUAUUUAUUAAUGCUCAGAACACUGGAAUUACAGCUUGGCUGAGGCUACAAUAAAGAGGUUUCUGAACAUGGGUUUGAGCUCAGCCCAUUCUUCUCCCUCACUGCCGAGUGCCAAGGGGCACAGUGCAUACCCAGACACACACACACACACACACCGACGACGGGCCACUGCCGGGGUGACAUCCAACACAGGGUAUCACAAGCUGUGUCCCUAAAGCCCACGGCCUGGGGGGAGUGACAUGGGGCGGCAGGGAAAGCUCCCCU